AUGCUUGCUCUGGAGGCUGCACAGCUGGACGGCCCACACUUGAGCUGUUUGUACCCAGAAGGUGUCUUCUAUGACCUGGACAGCUGCAAGCCCUUCAGUUACCCAGAUUCAGAUGGGGGCCCUGACUCCACAUGGGGCUGGACAGAGGCCCCACCUGCCUCCGCCAUCACCCCCUAUGAAGUCUUCGACCCUACUACGACUGCCUUUGCCCACUCUCAGGCUGUGCAGCUCUGUUACGGUCAUGGUCUCGGCCCCUCUGCCUACGGCCCCGUGGGGACCCUUGACCCAGCCUCGAGCUUGGAGGCUCCAGGGCCUGGCCUCCAGGUGUACCCCUCAGAGGACUUUGUCAGCCAGACUCUGGGCCCCUUGGCUACCCCGUACCCCAGCCCUGUGCUGUCAGAGGAAGAAGACAUUCUGCUGGACAGCCCUGCCCUGGAGGUCUCAGACAGCGAGUCAGAUGAGGCCCUCUUGGCUGGCACCGAGGCAGGUAUGUGGGGUGGUGCCCGCAAGAAACUGCGCCUCUACCAGUUCCUGCUGGGACUGCUGCUGCGCGGGGACAUGCGCGAGUGCGUGUGGUGGGUGGAGCCGGGUGCCGGAGUCUUCCAGUUCUCCUCCAAGCACAAGGAGCUGCUGGCUCGCCGCUGGGGCCAGCAGAAGGGCAACCGCAAGCGCAUGACGUACCAGAAGCUGGCGCGUGCACUGCGCAACUAUGCCAAGACAGGCGAAAUCCGCAAGGUCAAACGCAAGCUCACCUACCAGUUCGACAGCGCUCUGCUGCCAACUACCCGGCGCGCCUGA